GCGCGCGUCCGGGGGCGGGAGUCAGCUGAGUUGCCACGGCGAGGUUGGGAUCACCUGGGCUCCACUAAAAGCAGCGGGUGAUCUCUUGCGGGUGGGAGUGGGGUGCAGGACUGCGCCAGAUUCAAGGGGGCGGGGUACCCGGUCUUGUCGCUCUAUAAGGUGUGAGCAGAAAAAUCCUCAGGAUUUUAAAGAGGAGGAAUCGGUAGCUGUUCGCCAGGACCUGUCAGAUCACUGUCGAGGCUGGGGAGUCGCAGGCUCCAAUCCGGGGCGACAGGGAUCCCUGGGGGGAGCCCUGUUGUAAUCCCUAGGCCCGGGACGGAGAGUCCAGAGGCCGGAUACCAUGGCGUCCAUCCUGGAUGAAUACGAGGACUCUCUAUCCCGCUCGGCCGUCUUGCAGCCCGGCUGCCCCAACGUGGGCAUCCCCCACUCGGGGUAUGUGAAUGCCCAGCUAGAGAAGGAAGUGCCCAUAUUCACAAAGCAACGCAUUGACUUUACCCCUUCUGAGCGUAUCACCAGUCUUGUCGUCUCCUGCAAUCAGCUCUGCAUGAGCCUGGGCAAGGAUACACUGCUCCGCAUUGACUUGGGCAAGGCAACUGAACCCAACCACGUGGAGCUGGGGCGCAAAGAUGAUGCCAAAGUUCAUAAGAUGUUCCUGGACCAUACUGGCUCUCACCUGCUGAUUGCUCUGAGCAGCACCGAGGUCCUCUACGUGAACCGUAAUGGACAGAAGGUACGGCCACUGGCACGUUGGAAGGGGCAGCUGGUGGAGAGUGUGGGCUGGAACAAGGCCCUGGGCACUGAGAGCAGCACAGGCCCCAUCCUGGUCGGCACUGCCCAAGGCCAGAUCUUUGAAGCAGAGCUCUCAGCCAGUGAGGGUGGGCUUUUCGGCCCUGCCCCAGAUCUCUACUUCCGUCCAUUGUACGUGCUAAAUGAAGAAGGAGGUCCAGCACCUGUGUGCUCCCUCGAGGCUGAGCGGGGCCCUGAUGGGCGUGUCUUUGUUAUUGCCACCACGCGGCAGCGCCUCUUCCAGUUCAUAGGCCGAGCAGCAGAGGGAGCCGAGGCCCAGGGCUUCUUGGGGCUCUUUGCUGCCAACACUGACCACCCACCACCAUUCCGGGAGUUCCCCAGCAGUCUGGGCUACAGUGAAUUGGCCUUAUAUACUCCCAAAUUGCGCUCUGCACCGCGAGCCUUUGCCUGGAUGAUGGGGGAUGGCGUGUUGUACGGAGCAUUGGACAAUGGGCGUCCUGACUCCCUGCUGAGCGAGGAGCGAGUCUGGGAAUACCCAGAGGGGGUAGGUCCUGGGGCGAGCCCACCCCUGGCCAUCGUCCUGACCCAGUUCCACUUCCUGCUGCUGCUGGCAGACCGGGUGGAGGCAGUGUGCACGCUGACAGGGCAGGUGGUGCUGCGGGAUCACUUCCUGGAGAAGUUCGGCCCACUGAGGCACAUGGUGAAGGACUCCUCCACGGGCCACCUGUGGGCCUACACCGAGCGGGCUGUCUUCCGCUACCAUGUGCAGCGGGAGGCCCGGGAUGUGUGGCGCACCUACCUGGACAUGAACCGCUUUGACCUGGCCAAAGAAUAUUGUCGAGAGCGGCCUGACUGCCUGGACACAGUCCUGGCUCGGGAGGCCGAUUUCUGCUUUCGCCAGCAUCGUUACCUGGAGAGCGCCCGCUGCUAUGCCCUGACCCAGAGCUACUUUGAGGAGAUAGCCCUCAAGUUCUUGGAGGCCCGACAGGAGGAGGCUCUGGCUGAGUUCCUACAGCGAAAACUGGCCGGUUUGAAGCCAACUGAGCGUACCCAGGCCACGCUGCUGACCACUUGGCUGACAGAGCUCUACCUGAGCCGGCUCGGGGCUCUGCAGGGUGACCCAGAGGCCCUGACCCUCUACCGGGAAACACGGGAGCGCUUCCGUGCCUUCCUUAGCAGCCCCCGACACAAGGAGUGGCUCUUUGCCAGCCGGGCGUCCAUCCACGAGCUGCUCGCCAGCCAUGGGGACACAGAACACAUGGUGUACUUCGCUGUGAUCAUGCAGGACUACGAGCGGGUGGUGGCAUACCACUGCCAGCAUGAAGCCUACGAGGAGGCCCUAGCUGUCCUUGCCCGCCACCGGGACCCCCAGCUCUUCUACAAGUUCUCGCCCAUCCUCAUCCGUCACAUCCCCCGCCAGCUGGUGGAUGCCUGGAUUGAGCUGGGCAGCCGGCUGGAUGCCCGGCAGCUUAUCCCUGCUCUGGUGAACUACAGCCAGGGUGGCGAGGCGCAGCAGGUGAGCCAGGCCAUCCGCUACAUGGAAUUCUGCGUGAACGUGCUGGGUGAGACUGAGCAGGCCAUUCACAAUUACCUGCUGACGCUUUAUGCCCGAGGCCAGCCAGCCUCACUACUCGCCUACCUGGAGCAGGCUGGGGCCAGCCCACACCGAGUGCAUUACGACCUCAAGUACGCGCUGCGGCUCUGCGCUGAGCAUGGCCACCACCGUGCCUGUGUCCACGUCUACAAGGUCCUGGAGCUCUAUGAGGAGGCUGUGGACCUGGCCCUGCAGGUGGAUGUGGAUCUGGCCAAGCAGUGUGCUGACCUGCCUGAGGACGAUGAGGAACUGCGCAAGAAGUUGUGGCUGAAGAUUGCCCGGCACGUGGUGCAGGAGGAGGAGGACGUGCAGACGGCCAUGGCCUGCCUGGCCAGCUGCCCCCUGCUCAAGAUUGAGGACGUGCUGCCCUUCUUUCCGGACUUUGUCACCAUCGAGCACUUCAAGGAGGCGAUCUGCAGGUCCCUGAAAGCCUACAGCCGCCACAUCCAGGAGCUCCAGCGGGACAUGGAAGAGGCCACAGCCAGCGCCCAGCGCAUCCGGCGAGACCUGCAAGAGCUGCGCGGCCGCUAUGGCACUGUGGAGCCCCAGGACAAAUGUGCCACCUGCGACUUCCCCCUGCUCAACCGCCCUUUUUACCUCUUCCUCUGUGGCCACAUGUUCCAUGCUGACUGCCUGUUGCAGGCCGUGCGGCCUGGCCUGCCCGCCUACAAACAGGCUCGGCUGGAGGAGCUGCAGCGAAAGCUGGGGGCUGCUCUACCCCCCACCAAGGGCUCUGCCCGAGCGAAGGAGGCCGAGGGUGGGGCUGCCGCGGGGGGACCCAGCCGGGAACAGCUCAAGGCUGACCUGGAUGAACUGGUAGCUGCUGAGUGUGUGUACUGUGGGGAGCUCAUGAUCCGCUCCAUUGACCGGCCCUUCAUCGACCCCCAGCGCUACGAGGAGGAGCACCUCAGUUGGCUAUAGGAGGGAGACACCCCUGUUGGGUGGGCAGGCAGGUGGGGCCAGCUGUUUGCCGCUUUUGGGAAGGCCACAUCGCAGUGUGUGCUCAGUCUGGAGACGGCAGGGGGAGUGGAAUUAUAGCUGUCGCCCAUGAGGGGUCAGCACUUGCUGGCCGCUUGUGCGGUUCUUCAGAGCUGCCUCGGAGCGGCUGUUAUGCCAGGAUAUCAGCCUGCCUCCCACUCUGCCAGGAUAUGAGCCCGGAGAGGUCACAAAUCUGACCGAAUUCCUGUCCCCCUGCACCUAACAGCUCGUUUUUCCUUUUCACUCUCCGCACACAGCCUGUUCACCGAGAGUGAGAGUACCAUCCUUCCAUUUCACUCUGUGUGCCUCUUCUCCGAAGAAGCCCUGUCUUCUGUCUGCCCCCGGGUCCCAGAAAUGAAAAGAAAACCUCUCCCAAGUCCUGGGCAUGAGGGGUGGGAAAGGAGGUGGGCACGCUCUUGUGCACACUGGGGCUCCAGUGUGAAGGGUGCCCUGGCAAGAGGGCCUCGGGGACAGUGGGAGCUGCUGAUGGGAUGGAGACCAUUAAACUGUCUGCACUGC